AUGGCAGAACAAGACAUAUACGGCCGUGGCAUGUCUACGGGGUCUUUCCCCCUAGACAAGGCCGCAGAUCGCCUAGACCAUGCCGCGCAGCACCUCCCAAACGCCCCCAGAGGAGCAGGAGGCGCCGAACAAGACCUCUACGGCUCCCACUUCAGCUCCGCCUGGGAACACGCCAAAGAGCGAUUCCCCCAUGUAGGCGGACCAGCCCAUACCAGAGUCGUAGAAGGCUAUCCCGGCGACACAGCUGCCGAGCAGGACCGCUACGCCUCGCACUUCCGGCCAGGCUCAGGCUCAGGCCCCGGCGGUCUCAGCGGCAGCCCGAACGUCGCAGCCGUCGGUCUCCUCAAUUCCACAGUCCUCCCCUCAUUCAGCUUCCACGCGGCCUUCUCCGCAAUCGCAUACGGCAUCUCGCGCUACACCGACCGCGCCGAAGGCAAAGACUGGCUAUGGCCCACCGGGAUGACCCUGAACGCCUGGUACAGCGCCCUCGGCACAAGAGUCCUCCACGACGGCCUCCCGCUCUCAACCGCCUGGUCCAGCCUCAACUACAGCGAGAGACUUCUUCUCGGCGGCGUAACCGCCUGGGGCGUGCGUCUUUUGUCACGGAUCGCCAGCCGCGGAAUCGAGCGCCGGGGCGACGACCCACGGUACACGGCCGCGAAGCAAGAACCGGGAUUCUGGAAUAAGGCGCUCGCGAAUCUUUUCCUCCCCGAGGCUGCGGCGCAGACGCUGAUAUCGUUGCCGUUUGUGUUGCCGUUUCGCGCGAGGGGGGAGAGUAUCAGGGCGUCUCCCGCGGCUGGGGAUGUGAAUCGGUGUGGAGCGCAUUCGCUUGCGGUGUUUUUGUUCUCGGCGGGGUUUGCGCUGGAGGUUCUGGCGGAUUUGAGACUUGCGAAGCAUAAGAAGGAUGGUGAUAAGGGGAUUUGUCGGGAUGGGGUUUGGAGUGUUGUUAGGCAUCCCAACUACCUCGGCGACGCGCUCAUCCACGCCUCAUUCCCGAUCCUGCUUAUCGGCGCGGGUCUCUUCCACCCUCUCGCCGCGCUGGGCCCUAUCGUGAACUACGUGUUCCUGCGGUUCGUCGGCGGAGACCGCGAGAACGAGCAGACGCAGGUGGAGCGGUACGCCAAGGAGGACCCUAUCAAGGCGCAGCAGUUCCAGGAGUACCAGCAGGAGAAGAACAGCUUCUGGCCGGACGUGAAGGAGGCGAGUAACAAGUGGAGCUGGAUUGUUGUUGGUGCUGGUGCUGCGGGUGUGUUGCUUGAGAGGGGGUUGAAGUCGUUGACUGCGUAG